AUGAAAUCAACUGCGGCGGUUUAUCUAUACCAAUAUAUCUCUCUUCAUGUUGGUACGCUAAAGUUCUUUGACAUUUGGCUUUAUAAGCCAAAGUCGAUUUUAUCUUUCAAGUUUUGGUUUUAUUGGUUUAAGCAGGUUAUUGUUGGUAUACUUAUCUACAUAAUACCUACAACCGGACAAAUUAUAUAUUUGAUAGAAAUUUGCGUGUCUGGAAAUGCUGGCAUUCAAGAUAUAGCUGCAAUAGUAAACCUAGUUUCAACAGAAAUGCUGGCGACAUAUAAACUUAUCCAUUUUCACUUCCAUCGGAAUGCAGUCAGGCAGUUGUUAAAUGAGCUCAAUAAUAAUGAGUUCCACUGUUUCGAUGGAAGCCAUAAAAAGAUUAUAGAUAAAGGUAUAAAAUUCUCAAGGAGAUUGUUUACUGCGUUUAUGAUUAGCGCUGCCUGUGAUGUUUUUGUUCACGUUAUAGUGGUGCCAGGAUUAAAAGGAUUUAAAUAUCUACCGUUGAAAAUGGACCUUGUUUUUUUUGAUAUCACAGAUAGUAAAUAUUUUAAUUAUAUUUGUGCUUAUCAGAUCUUGUACAAACCAAUGAUGGUGAGCACUUACAUGAGCCUCCAGGCUCUGCCGUGGGCGUUCAUGAUAUUUGCGAUCAAUCAGUUGGAUAUUUUAAUUAAAAAAUUACAAAAUAUUGAAGAUCUUGUUAAAGAGACAAAACAAUUAACAGGCUUGAAUGAUGAAGAGGCUUUCAAAAGUGUAUUCAAAGAUUGUAUACUCCAUUACUUCGCCAUUUUGAGGAACAUAAAAAUAUUGCAGAAGGCACUCGGGGGACAAUUAUCGUCUACAUUAUUCAUAAGCGUAAUCAUUCUUUGUAAUACAGCUGUUCAGAUAUUUUCAAUUGAAUCCCCACACAAAAAUAUUACCGAAGUAUUUUGGGUCUUAACUUACCUAUUUAUUUUUGUCUUAAAUCUCUUUUUAGACUGUUAUUUCGGGAACGAAAUUACUGUAAAGAGUUCCUACUUAUCAACGGCGAUAUAUAAUAGUCCUUGGUUGAAGCUAUCAAAGGGUGUAAAGAAAAACAUAGCGAUAUUUAUAUUUAUUGCACAGCAGCCUGUCACAUUAAGGGCGGCGAAUCUCGCACCAGUUUCAGUAGCAACUUUCACCACGGUCAUGAACUGGACAUACAAAGCGUUUGCUGUAAUGAAUCAAAUGAAAUAA